CUAUAAAUAACAACGUCUACGAGUCAUUGUAGGUCUGGAGAUACUGAGUAGACGUCGGUGGAUGUUCUUUUUUUCGUGCUGGCUGACUCAAGGAAUCAUGUUCCCAAUGCCUUGCAGCUUACUGGGAAAGAAAUGCUUCGUGCAAUCGUCGGACGAAUAUGAACACAGACUAAGAAGGCCGGUGAAUAGCAACCGUAUCGAUCAUAUAGUGCAGCCACAGCUCCCGGAGGAGAGGUUUGAGGUUGGGACGGGUUAUCAUGGCGCCGAGCUAACUCCUAUAUCCGGCAAUGGGACCGUUGAAGACCUGAAUGCAUGAUUGAAUGGAUCCUCAAGCGAUGAUCGGUUUCGACCGAGAAGUGUAAAAAAAAAGCCCACUUGC